AUGAAGGAAAAAUAUGCAUUAACCUAUCUCUUUUUGAUGGUUGUUCUUUAUGUUGUAAAAGGAUACAACGUAAGAAAUAGUAGUAAUCCUAAAAAUAUAAGCAAUUAUAAUGAUAGUGAAAGUGUUGUUAUUAGAAACACACGUGCUUUAACUCCCAAAGAGGAAAAUGAGUUAAGAAAAAUGAAUCUUCAUAAACAAAUGACAUUUAUUCAAGCAUCUUCAUCUUCAUCAAAUAUGAUGCAUGACCAAGAACUAAAAAUAGAAGGGAGAAUUUACGAAGUUACAGGGGUUGUUAAUGGAAUAACAAAAGGGCAUCCUUUAGCAAUUGCUUUAGGGGCACAGUAUUCUAAUUAUUUUGAUUUCUUAGAGAUAAUUAAAUUAACUGAUACGACUUCUCGUUUUAAAUUUUUAGUUAAGCCAGGAAAAUACUACUUACGUAUUUAUGGAAAUACUUAUAUGACACCAAGUGCAAUAAAAAUUAGUAUACCUUGUGAUAAAUGCAAAUAUGUUAAUGGGAGUUACAAUGAUCGUAUCCGUGUAAGCCCUUAUAAAUCUGAUCCUAACUUGUUCAUUUACAAUUGGGAAUUGCAAGUAUCAUCCCCAAUACCAUUGGAGCACAUUAACACAGUUCAUAAUGAUGAAGCUGAUUGGUUUCAUGGUAAUACCUUAAAUGAUGAAUUAAAAUUAGAUUCAUCAGCUGCUGCGACAACUUUAAAAACUUUUUAUGGAAUUGAAUUAACUGGAAUAUGGGGUUCUGAAUAUUCAGAUAGAUUGUUAAGUGUUAUAUCUGAAUUUCCUGAUUGCGUAAAAUUAGUUACAUAUGAUAAAAAUGCAAGAGCUCUUCAAAGAAAACACCAAAAAUGGAUUUUAAUUAAUGGUGAUUUAGGUGCUUUUGAUAUGGAUAUAGAAUUACAUAAUAAUCCAGAAUAUGAAUAUUCUAAAACAGUACGUGUUUCUGCAAAUGCUUUUUCUUUCUCCCAAAAAUUGGUUAAAAACCCUGGAAAUAAUGGUAAAUAUUUUUCUAGAAGGCUAGAAAAAGUAAUAAUUAGAGCUCUUUUUACACAUGAUUUUCAAUUGUUUUCCACGUAUUUUGAACAAAAACAUGGUGUUACAUUAUUAGAUCCAAAUUCAAAUGAAUUAAUGAUAAAACAGAUAACUGGAUAUGAACAUAAAGAUUAUCAACCAUGGAGUCAAAAUAUAGAAGAGCUUGUUGAAAUAGCUACUUCAUGGGAUGAAUAUCCUAAAGGAUUUCAAAAAGUUAAAGGCUUAAGAUAUUUAGUAAGAAGGAAAAAUGGGUUAAAGCACCCUGUUUAUCCAACUGCUCCAGCUGUAGCUUUUCCAGGAGGAUCAGAAAGAGAUUCCUUCCUUGAAUUUAUGGAAUCAGCAUUUGUGAACUAUAGCAAUAUUUCUCAUUUAGUGCUUCACGAAAUUGGACAUUUUAUUUAUGAAAAUAAUUUACCUAUUGAAUUUAAAAACGAAUGGAUGGAAUUAGGAAAGUGGUACAAAGAACCACUAUCCCCAAGCAGCUGGGCUUCCAGAUUAGAAGUAGAAUUUGUUUCAGCUUAUGCUCAUGACAAAAACCCAGGAGAAGAUUUUGCAGAAUCAAUAGCUUCAUUUGUAUUGAAUCCAAGAUUAUUGAGUUCUAGAUCUCCUAAAAAAUAUAAAUGGUUAAAAGAAAAAGUAUUUAGAGGUAGCUUUUAUACUACUAGUGGAUCCCACUUAUUUGAAGUUUUAAAUCUAGGUAAUGAAAUAUUUUAUUAUCCUGGAAAAGUAAAAAAGAUAUAUGCAAAAGUCAUCGGUAGUCCUACUGAAAAUAAACAAGUAAAGGUAGAUAUCUAUUUAUUAUCCACAAGAGGAUCGGAUGGAUGUGCAAAGCACGCAUAUGCUAGAUUAUUUUCUGAGCAGCAAACAUAUAGGGAUGUAUUUUUCUUUCCAAAAGAUGGCUCAGAAUGCAGCCAUCACUUAUAUGGAGAAUUUUCUAUGAAUCCUAGUGAAAGCAGAGGCAGAUGGGUAUCUGAAUCGUUAACAUUUACUGGACAAAAUGAUAUAAAUCGUUAUACAGGAAUAGGGUCAUUUCUCUUUUAUAUCUAUAUAAAUAAUCAAAAUGAAGAUCUAGAAAAACCAAUUCCCCUCUUAAAUUCAAUUUCUGUUCAUCCAUAUGAUUCUAGUGAUACAGAAAAUUCUCUAAUAAGAUUACAGAUAAUGGUAUUAGAAGAUCACAUGCUCAAAAAACAAGGUGGAACAUACACAAAUUUUGCAUCAAAAGAUAAUAACAGUUACUCCUUUUUCAACUAUACAUACGAAAUGUACGAACCUGAAUUUAACGCUGAAAUAAUAGAAAAAGAUUAUUUUCUAUCAGAUAUUAGUACUAACGGUUUUAGACAGGUAAGCUCAGAAUCUUGUAAAGAAUAUACAGAUAUGGAUAUAUCAAAAUUAAAAUGUUUUCAAGUAGUGAAUCCUGUUAGUAUUCCAAAAUAUUGUAUAGGUAACAGACUAUAUUUGAGACAGUUUUCUGCAGAAGACGAGGCAGGAAAUCAAAGCAUGAUAAAUAUUUCAUCAGAUAAGUUCUUUGCUGAUUUAAAACCUGGAACCGAAAGAGAUACGCAUGAGCCAGUUGUGUAUAAUGUUAAAGUAUCAAGUAAAUCAGCAAACAAAAAUCACGAUGGAGAAACAAUUGUUACGGUUGAUUUUAGUGUAUUUGAUGAUUUAUCUGGAGUUUUCUAUAUAUAUAUAUUUUUAAGAGAUCCUCAUGGUGGUAUACAUAGAAGUAGCGUUAACCGAUCAAUUCUACCAAAUGGAGUUGGAAUGAAAAAUAUAAAUCACAAAAUACUAUUACCUAAGGGUUCAAUGGGUGGUACAUGGAUGUUAGACGAAAUUAAAGCAGUUGAUAGAUGUAAGAACGAAUCCAGAAAUAUUUACUCUUAUAGUGUUUAUGUAGAAAAUUCUUAA